AUGACCUCCAUGCCAAUGCGCAAGCUGCCCAUAGCCGCCUCCCGCCCAUCGACGACUUCUAGAUGGCUUUGCCCGCCUCCGUCCGGGAUGCAAGUCCCUCGCCGUCACAGAACUACUGCGCCCGGUAGCACUUCCUUGCGACAAAUACUGCCUAGAAGAUAUCUAGCACAGGUACGGCCGGAACCAGUAUCAGAAUUAUGGUUCACAGCGGCCUCUCCACGCCUUGGCCCUGCCGACGAACUGCUAGGCCGUUCUACGCCUGGAAAUAAUGAAGACCACAAACCGCCGGAUCAAAGGCUGCUGAAGUUAGGAAAGACACUACGAACCUUAUCUCCUCUCCUACCGGACAUCCUCACGACUCCAUUGCCUCAAGAGAUCCUCGCUCCAGAAGUAUCGCUACACUUAUUUCCCUCGACACAUCCUCAUUUGCCCGCAGUCAAAGGACGGAUGGCAUACCGUGCAGCGCUCUUUACAGCUCCUGUCGCUUGGGGUUGUGUGCCGAUUGUGGGCAAUGUCAAAUUGAAGGUUGUCUCAGAGAAGAUUGUCCGAACAGGACUAGCUGGUAUUCCGCUCCCAGAAGAUGAGAAUACAGAUUUGAGCGCAGAAAAGCUGGUGGUACGAUGGAAAACAGAAGCCAAACAAAAUGGCAACGGCAAUAAUGCAACAGCUGCUUCCUCGGCGGCACAAUCAAACGAAAUGUCUCAUGGCGGCAUCAACAAGGGCCUUUCGAAGGCCCUUGGAGGGGACAAGCCAAUCAUCAGUCUCAACAAAGGCGAUGAGUUCACUGGGCUGUUCAUCUUCACGUUCGACUCCGAGGGAAGGAUCGCCAGCCACACCAUCGAGCAUGCAGAUGAAAACAGCGGAUUCGACAAGACAAGUAAAAUGGUCACUCUGACCGAUUGGCUGCUGGGAAAGGCCAAGUGGAGUCGAAUGAGAGAGAACGAGCAGGACCUGGUACCAGGAUUGGCCAUGAGGGUGUGCAGGCAAGAAUGGAACGACAACAGACGGUUCGCCAGAAGCCGCUGA